AUGCCACUCCUGAUAUCGCCAGGCAGUCUUCAAACCCGCGAGACCUUAAACGAGGCUGGAAUUUUGCCGGUAUUUGAGAAACUCGGAGCUACGAUGUUGCUGAAUGCCUGCGGUCCAUGCUGCGGAUCUUGGGAUCGAGUCGAUAUGCCCAAGGGUACCCCUAACUCAAUUAUCACAUCAUAUAACCGAAAUUUCUCCGGUCGCUUGGACUCUAACCCGGCUACCAAUGUAUUCCUCGCGUCACCUGAGGUUGUCAUGGCCAAAGUCUUCUCAGAAGAUUUAGCGUUUGACCCAUGUGUUGAUAGUUUGCCUACUCCCACAGGUGGAGAGUUCCGAUUUCAGCUCCCAACUGGCGAUACACUCCCAGUCAACGGGUACCUUGACUCCGACAUUGCGUAUAAGGCACCCCCGACUGACAGAAAGGACGUGGAGAUCAAAGGAAAAUGCACAACGGAUCAUAUUACCCCCGCUGGCCCCUGGUUUAGAUUUCGAGGGCAUUUGGAGAACAUUUCCAACAACACCUUGAUUGGAGCUGUGAAUGCCGAGAGAGACAAAGUCAACAGUGUGCGUAACCAACUCAUCCACGAGGAUGGCGAUGUACCUGGUACUGCACGUUACUAUAAGGCUCAUGACCAACCCUGGGUUGUGAUUGCUGACCACAACUAUGGUGAGGGCUCAUCGCGAGAACACGCUGCCUUACAGCCCCGCUAUCUUGGAGGAAAAGCUAUUAUCACGAGGUCUUUUGCACGAAUUCACGAGUCCAAUUUGAAGAAGCAGGGAACGCUUGCGCUCAUUUUUGCCGAUGAGGCGGACUACGAUCGAAUCCGUACCUCGGAUCGAGUUAGCAUCUUGGGAUUAUCGGAUCUCACACCGGGGAGCCCCCUGAAACUGUCGGUGAAUGGAGAAUGGGAAGCUCAACUGAGGCAUACCUUCACUCCUUAG